CUCCUCUUUUAUUUUUCUCUGUUUUCUUAUAGUUUUUGAAUCCUUGACAUUCUAUUCUUGUUGAGUUUGAACUGAAACUACACACACUCACGUCUGUGUAAGUAAACAUAUUGAUUUGUGUUACGGUUUCUGCCAUGACCAACAAGUGGAGGAGUAAGGAGGUAUUGCGCGUCUUAUUCCUCCUAUUCCUUGGCCAAGUUGUUUCUUUCAACCUCGCCAUCACUGCCUUCUGUUCUUCCCUCUUGGUUGAUCUAGGUGUCUAUCUGCCUCUUACACAGUCGUUGUUCAACUAUGCUUUGCUAGCCUUGGUUUACGGUUGCGUUCUUUUGUAUAGGCGCCAAAGGUUAUUGGUUCCUUGGUAUUGGUACAUCCCAUUGGGCUUUAUUGAUGUUCAAGGGAAUUAUCUCGUUAUUAAGGCAUUCCAAUACUCAUCAAUUACCAGUGUGACCAUUUUGGAUUGUUGGACGAUACCAUGGGUCAUGAUUCUCACUUGGAUCUUCAUAAAGACCCGAUAUUCCUUGUGGCAGUUCUUGGGUGCAGCUGUCUGUGUGGCAGGCCUUGGUUUAGUGCUUCUCUCAGAUGCUGGGAUUGCUGGUGGAGGUGGGGACAAACCUCUUCUGGGUGAUUUACUUGUUAUUAUUGGUACACUUUGCUAUGCAAUGAGCAAUGUUGGAGAGGAGUACUGUGUCAAAAAGAAAGAUCUUGUUGAAGUGAUUUCAAUGCUUGGUGUCUUUGGAUUGUUAGUGAGUGUAUGCGAGAUAUCUAUUGUGGAAAGGAAGACUCUUGAAGAAGUCAAAUGGACUGCAGAAAUUAUAUCACUCUUUGCUGGCUUUGCAUUGUCAACUUUUAUGUUCUACUCUUUGGUUCCUUUUGUUCUGAAGAUGAGUGGGGCUACACUGUUCAAUCUCUCCCUUCUCACCUCAGAUAUGUGGGCGGUUGUUAUCCGCAUUUUCUUUUACCACCAGCAGGUUGACUGGUUGUACUAUCUCGCUUUUGGUGUUGUGGCUCUUGGACUCAUCAUUUAUUCAGUAACCACUGGCGGGGAUCCUGCUCCUACAACAGCCAAUGCAGAUGGGGAACUUGAUAUCCAGUAUGAAGCUCUCAGUCAAGAAAGUGCAGCUUCUGGAAAUGAGGUUUUGACUGCCUGAAAUACAAAACAGAACUUGUACUAAUCACCAGCACUCACAAAUGUUGUUAAUGGCGCUAUGGUAUAGCUCGAAAUUUCUCAGGAAGUUCUCAUUUUUAGGUUAGAUUGAUGCUCUAUGUGGAAUCUCAUAUUAUUUUGUCUUCACAAUGGGGUUCCUACUUUUAGUCCACUUGUAUAGUUUAGAAGUAUGAGACAAUGUAUGUAUGGGUUCAUGGUGGCUUUGGGAGGCCUACUUCGAAGAUCACUUCCAUGUAGUUAACAAUUUCAUGAUGAUGUAUGGAUCGGCAUGAUUUUCUGAAAAGUCUGAACCAUUUUCUAUAACAUGAAGUGUUCCCUUA